UCGGCGACCAAGCAAUAAGAACAGAGUUCAACAGCACAGUGACCCGGUGUAAGACUGGUCAGUUACCUUGGGGAUAUCUUUCAGAUCAUCAGCACACUCAGAAUUGUGAUGCCUAUAACUUCUGCAAAACGGAUUGAGAAAUCGCUGAAUAGAUCUAGAAUAAUCAGACUUGGGCGAACUACAGGAAUAUGAUAAUCAAGAGAAAGUGUUGGACAAAGCGAGUCUGUUGCCGCAAAGCUCUACAAAUAUUUAAAAUUCUAUGUUUGGUUCAGUGCGUUGUUGUGACUAUCCUAUAUCUUGUAAUUUUCUACGAGGAUUCAAAUGAUGUGCAAAAUCAAAUUAUAGAAACAUUCAAUAGCGAGCAACCAUAUUUGACCACUUUUGAUAAAAUGACCUUUUCAAAUCAGAGUGAGAAAACCGUUGCGGUGUGGACUACUUUUUUCCGAUCCCAUUCUUGGUUGCACAACAUUAACUCGGCGUUUUUGAGCUGCACUCACAAGUGUAGGGCUGUAAAUGAGAAGGGGGCGUUAUAUAGCGAUGCUCUACUGUUCCACUAUCAGAGAUAUGAUUUACACGUACAUCAAUUACCGAAGAGGAAUCCAGAUCAAAUAUGGAUAAUAUAUUUAAUGGAACCAACAAUAUAUAUAGAAAGAAAUGUAGUUGAACUUAACAGCGUCUUUAAUUGGACUAUGUCUUACAGAAGAGACUCGACUGUUUAUGCACCAUAUGGAUCUUUUAUUAGAAGACGUUCAGAUACUGAAACAAAACCAUUUUUAAAUAGAACAAAGUUUGCCUUCGCAGUGUUUAGUCGAUGCGAUGAUUUUGGAAAGCGUUAUAGAAUCGUAAGAGAAUUGCAGAAAUAUGUAAAUAUUGAUGUUUACGGUUCAUGUGGACAUUUAAAGUGCGAUGUUAGAUCCCAGGGGUGUUUAUCCACUGAAAAAGCCCAAGACUAUCUUUUUAAGCUUUCAUUUGAAAAUAGCCAUUGCAAAGACUAUGUUACUGAAAAAUUGUGGUUUUCGUUGAAACAAGGCGUGGUACCUGUGGUAAACUGGGUCAAAGGUCAAGAGGAGACAAGGGUUAAUUCUAGUCAUGUGAUAAACCUAUACGACUUUCACACAAUUAAAGACUUGGCCAAAUACCUGAAAUCCGUUGCUGCCAACCAGUCUCUAUACAACAGUUACCUGACAUGGAGACACGAACUGGAUGUUGAAACGUCACAUUUCCACUCGUUUUGUAAUCUUUGUCAAAAGCUACAUCAGUCAACAGUAAGGCGCCAAGUGUACUCAAAAUUCAGUGGAUGGGUAACCAAUGACGUAUGUCCAAAAUAUAAGUUUGUUCAGAAGAUUAGAGCAUGGAUAGACCGAUGGAUACUGUUUCCUAUCGGACUAUAACUAAUGGUGGAUGGAAAAAAACAUUAUUGUAUCAAUUAAAUGAUUAUCGUCACAAGUGUUGUAUCUGUCUUUAUUUAUGAGAGA